GCCAGAGCCACCGCCGAUAGAUUUCCGGUUUAUCCAGACCGAGGCCGGGGCGGAGCGGUGGGUCAGCUACAUCCUGAAAACUCUGGCCCCGGAAAACGACGGGGACGAAUUUGAGAAGAUCCUCGGGGGAAGGAACAAAAACGCUUUUUUAUCCACCGAACAGGAGCAAGAGUUUCGUCGGUUGGGCCGGAUGACAAGCCACGAGCUGCAGCGGGCGAAGCAGAUGAGUCGGCAGCUGUGGUGCACCGAAGUCUUACUGGCGUUUUUCGGGGACGAGCAAAUCGCACAGGUCGACGUCGAGAGGGCUCUGUGGUACGGCAGCAACGGUAGAAAUA